UUUAAUUAGAGUAGACUCUGAAUGAUUUGUGUGCAUUUCCUCGAUUACUGUUUACGAGAUGGGGCAUAAUUUUCUCCAAAUUUCAUUUGAAAUGUUAUUACCUGGAAUGCCAUCUGAAAGUUUGGGCCUACAGUAAAGUGGACACUAUCCUGAGAAUCUUGACUUCAAAGUUGAACAAUAAUAACAACUGGGUGGGAUCAUAUUUCAACGUGUGACUCACUACGCGACCAACCGGUACACAUGCACAACACGUUAACGGACGACGCCAUUCCAGCGCUGGCGUCCCUUGUUACCAGAACAUGGCGACGUGUACAGGAUAAAUCAUUUCAAUUUCAGGAUGUAAUUUGUCAAUGACCGGCAUUUUUUCUUCAAGUUUGAUAUAUACUUUAACUUCUUUGUAAAGCCAUGUCUGUUAAUUAGUGAACUCGGAUAUAUGAUUGACUGGAGGUAUCAAAAUGGAGUCGUUUGCGACGUUUAUUUCAUGGUUGUUCAUUUGCGUUAUCGGAAGAGCAGCCGCACAGGGAUCAUUCCCGGACCUAUUCAACGCGGGAGAGGGACGGCCCAUUUCGACCGAGCCUGUGGUGGGUACGUGCGGCUACGACCCGACGACUGGGGAUUUAGCAAGAAGUGCUUUCUGUCGAAGUUCGACCAUUUCUUCCUCUGUUUCGUCAUGUACAAUAGCUUUAUGCAAUCAAGCUUGCCCAGGUAGAACUAGUUUACCAUCACCCAUUGGUCUUCUAAGCUCUGGUAGUUGUGUUACAGAAGAUUUUGCAAGCACAAGACCAAACUCAGAACAAAACGAACCGUCAUAUAUUUUCAGGAGCACUCCAAAUUGUUUCUCUGCCCCUGCUGUACCAACUGUUGGUAAUGAUGGUAGAUUUACUCUUGCAGUCUGGAUUCGACCUGACGUCAUCACUGAUGGUACUAUUUUAGAGAGGAGGUCAUCAACCAAUGAAAUCAUCUAUGCACUUGUGGUAUCAUCCUCUUCUAUCACCUUUGAUUAUCGGACUGCAGAGGGCGCUAAAUUUCUCCAAAUUCAAACUGGCGUUCAAGUCAGCCAAUGGCAGCAUGUUGCCAUACAGGUGUUUGGAACCAAGGCAAGUUUUUUCAUCAAUGGUUUAGAGGUUGAUGGGACACCAUUUGAAACCAUGAAUCUCCAAGGUGAGAUCGCUGAUGAUAGCACUGCUCAGAUGAGGGUCGGCCAGAGGAUGACAGGAACGGACCAGUUUGUAGGGAGGAUGCAGGAUCUGUAUUUCUACCAGGUAACCUUGACCAAUCGAGAGCUAGAGGAACUAGCUACAGAGAUGUUCCCUAAGGUACAUGCCCAGUCUGACUGUAGGUGUCCUGAUAGCCAUCCAAGAGUGAAUCCACUGGAAGAAAGGUAUUGUUUGAAGAAUGGGGAAGCAGACACGACAGUAGACCAGAUAAGUCGUCUGAACCAGGAUAGUCAUCCCUUAGAGUUUGCUAAUGAUGGUGAUCUAGGAAGCUACUGGGUAUCUACUCUCACUGGUGGUAACAGUAUCACAGUCGACAUUGAUCUAGGGAGCAGAGUGUAUCAGGUGUUCUAUGUUGUACUUCAGUUCUACAGCCCACAGUCUACAGACCUGACUAUCUCUUAUCGUAGUGAUGCCUCCACUCCUUGGCAGGUAUGGCAAUACUAUGCCCAGGACUGUCAGAAUGCGUUUGGAUUGGAUAAUAAUGGAGAACUAGACACACCUACUUCAGUCAACUGCAUUCAGUUCCCAAGUGACAUCCCAUACUCUAAGGGCAACAUCACUUUCCAGUUGCUAGCCCCAGAGCCAGUAGCCCGACCAGGAUACAAUGAUUUCUACAACACACCUGCUCUCCUGGAGUUUGUGAGAGCUAAAGAGGUUCGCAUCGUGAUGGAUGGUCAUUACCAUGUCAACCCCUCCUCUGCUAGACACAUGUACUAUGGCAUUGAGGAACUUACAAUCAGUGCAAGAUGUGAUUGUAACGGCCAUGCAGACACAUGUGAUAUUACAACGGACCCGUACAUCUGUAACUGUCUCGCUUCAAGCUUCACAACAAGAAUUGAUUGUGGGGAAUGUCUACCUCUGUACAAUGACAAGCCAUUUCGUCAUGGUGAUCAAAUCAAUGCAUACAACUGUAAACCGUGCCAAUGCUAUGGACAUGCCUCCAGCUGUUUCUAUAAUGAAACCUUAGACGUAUCCCCAGACCGCCAUGACAGGGGAGGAGGAGGGGUGUGUUCCAACUGCCAAGACAACACCAAUGGUCAGCAAUGUGACCAAUGUGUAGAAGGGUUCUUCAAGCUGGAUGGUGUACCAUUGGACUCUACUGAUAUCUGCAACCCGUGUGAAUGUUCUCCCAAUGGCACGGUAGCAGGCGAUCUCAUGUGUGAAGAGGUGAAUGGUCAGUGUAAUUGCAAGACGUAUACAUCAGGUAGGUCAUGUGAUACCUGUCAGAAUGGUUACUAUAACCUAGAUGCUUCAAACCCUAAUGGUUGUGAGCCAUGCGGAUGUAUCUCAGCUGGAACAAUCAACUCUGAUAUCUCAUGUCAUCAACAAACUGGACUCUGUAACUGCAAAGAUAAUGUCAUAGGUGACAAGUGUGACCGUUGCAACUUUGGAUUCUACAACCUUGCUGCUUCUAAUCUGUUUGGUUGCCUGCCAUGUGGCUGUAACUCUGAUGGUUCCACCAGUAUCUACUGUGAUCCAUCCAAUGGGCAGUGCCAGUGUAGACCGUCCAGCCAGGGCAGAACUUGUGAUGAAUGUCGGGAUGGUUUCUAUGGGUUAGCAGCUGAUGGCUGUUCUGAGUGUGAUUGUGAUGAUGCAGGUACAGAGCCAGGAGCACCAUGUGACAAAGCUUCAGGACAGUGUGUCUGCAAGGCUAAUGUUCAGGGAGUGCGAUGUGACCAGUGUGAGGCGUCCUACUACAAUCUCCAAGCUUCCAACUCUCAAGGCUGUUCACCCUGCUCCUGUAACACCGAAGGCACCAUCAGCGGCUCCACCGUCUGUGACGCCACCACUGGACAAUGUGUUUGCAAGGUCAACGUCCUAGGACGAACCUGCAAUACCUGCGCUCCUAACACCUUUGGUCUGGAGGCAGCUAAUGAGGAUGGGUGUGAGUCGUGUGGAUGUGAUGCCACCGGUACGCAGACAGGAUCAAAUGGGGAUGUUUUGGUCUGUGAUCAGAACUCUGGACAGUGCUCAUGUCUGACUAACAGGCUUGGAAGAACAUGUGACAUCUGUGAUGAAGGGUUUUACGAGCCCCCAUCUGGUGGGCGUGGCUGCCUAUCAUGUGACUGUCAACCAUUGAGUACAGAGCCUUCUACCUUCUGUGAUACAUUGACAGGUCAAUGUCAAUGUCGAUUAGGUAGCCCAGGUCUGACAGGCAGAAGAUGUGACGGCUGUAUGGAGGAGUAUUUCAACUAUAACCCUAGUACAGGAAUGUGUUCACCAUGUGACUGUGACCCUCGGGGCAGUCUAAAUACAAGCUGUGAUUCUAACACUGGACAGUGUGACUGUAAGGAUCUUGUGACCGGUAGACGAUGUGAUACCUGCCAGAUAUCUUCUAGUAACCUUCAAGCUUCUAAUCCUCAAGGAUGCUCUAAAACACCCGCCCAGCAGCCACCUCCAGUAUGGCAGGCAGUGAAUCCUUUCUCUAUCUUACUAACCUGGGGUCCUCCUGAUGAGCCAAAUGGUAACAUCCUAACCUACCUGCUCUAUAGGAACAAUACACUGGUCUAUAAUGGAACUGCUACCAAUCCUCUAGGCAUCCAGCAGUUUGAGGACCAGAACCUUUCACCUUUCACAACCUACAGCUACUAUGUCCAGUCAGCCAAUGAAGCCGGUAGGGCUACUAGCCCCGUAGUCAUUGCCCAGACUCCUGAUGCCAUUCCUGCUGGUUUUGAUGUCUUGAUCAUCACCAAUGUCCAGGCACGGUCAGCAGACUUCUCUUGGUCUCAACCUGCAGAUAUCUCAGCUACAGUGACCCAGUACAUCUUGACCUCUAUGACCCCUAGUAAGCCAGAUCCCCCAACGCAACACUUCAAUGGUCUAGCUACCAGCUACCAGGCUACGGACCUCAUCCCCUUUACCAACUACACCUUCUAUCUGACCGUGUGUACCCCUGGAUCCUGUGGGCAGGGGCGAGCAACCCUGGCCUACACCCCUCAGGCUCCUCCUCAAGGGGUCAUGGAUCCUAAUGCAACCGCUCUGAGUCAGAGCUCUGUGUUUGUGAGCUGGGACCAUCCUACAGAGGCUAAUGGUAUCAUCACUCACUAUGAGCUGUUCUUCCGAGGCUAUCCUGGACCAGAUGGGACCAUAGACCCUCCAGAGACCAGGAUCUUCUACCCGGCAGGAUGGUUCAAUCCUAGACCAGUGUUGACACCCCUAGAGGAUCCUGCUGAGCCACCUGUUACUAACUUCACCCAUACCGGUCUUGAUGCAUUCACUCGUUAUCAGUACAGGGUGACUGCAAGGAAUCUUGCAGGGACAGGACACAGUAGCUGGACAACUGUUCGGACUGCUGAGGCUGCCCCUCUGUCUACACCAGCUCCAUCUGUGCUUGGUGUAUCUAGCUCAGAACUGAACAUCACCUGGCCUCAACCUCAAGACAAUGAGAUACGAGGUGUGGUCAUCAGCUAUAGGCUCUACCGUUACAUUACAUCUGAUGAUCCCUUUGCUCCUCCUCAAACGCAAGAGUUGGUUUAUUCAGGCGAUGGUUCUGGGAUGUUCUUUGUGUUAGGAAGUCUUGAGCCUUACUCCAUCCAUACAUUCUCGAUCGAAGCCUGUAACAGUAUUGGCUGCAUCCUCAGUCCAAGAUCCAGUGGCAGGACACUUCCAACGGCUCCGGAAGGACAAGGGCCACCUAUGGUGGAUGGCUUUAAUUCAUCUGCCAUGCAAGUUAUGUGGGACCCCCCUAUCAUGCAGAAUGGACCAAACCCAUCCUACCAGGUUCAGAGUAUUGUAGCAUCACUGAGCCGGACUCCUCCACGUGUGGAGAGGGGUGCUAGAUUCACUGGUGGAGGAUACUAUCUCUUUUCUGGGAACAUUCUGCCCUUUUCAUCAUAUACUGGUAUUGAGUUUGAGUUCAGAGUGUCCCGACCCAGUGAUGCCCUAUCCCCUGCCUCAGCCCUCCUUAUGUUUGCCGCUUCUGAUGGUGAACAGGAAGAGAUGAUUGUGGUACAGCUGAGAGAGGGGCGACCCUGGUUCAUCUUUGAUCCUCAAGGGGGUGUAGCAGGUGCCACACCCAAUGAUGGAGGCAGAACAUAUGAUGAUGGUCUGUGGCAUAAAGUAGUUGUCUCACGAGCUGGGAGUGUUGGUAGUAUCACAGUGGAUGAUAUGUACACUGGUACAGUCACAGCUCCUACAGCAUCAACCAUCAUAGGAGCAACUACAGGCCUCUAUGUGGGUGGACUGCCUGUAAACUUUGACCUUCGUAGAUCAGAAACUGGAGAUCUGGCUGUUAUAAGGAGCAAUCUGAUUGGGUGUUUGAGAAAUAUCCGGAUAGAGACUGCACACGUUCCCACCCCUAUUUGGAGAGAUUUGGACUAUUCCAAUGCUCUUGAGAGAGUACAGGUUCCAGGGGGUUGGCAGGGUUGUCCCACUCAGCUGGAGAGGGGUGUUCACUUUCUUGGCAAAGGAUACCUGAGUUUACCAGAGGGAACCUUCAAUGGAGGAAGCAGCUUCACCCUAAGUCUUGAGAUGAGAACUCAUUACCAGACAGGGCUUGUGCUCUUUGCUUAUCAUCAGACUGGAAGCUACCUGUUGAUCCAGAUAGUAGCUGGAACCUUACAGAUUCAAGUGUCUACCGGUACUGGGUCCCCCGUCAUUCUCUCCAUACCAAACACCUCCCUCUGUGAUGGUUUAUGGAAGAGUCUCUUCAUCACCAAGGUUGCCAACCAGCUCUCUGCAUCCAUCAACGGUGGAGCUUCUACCGGUAUCCAGCUCUCAUCCUCAUCCCUCAGUCUCAUGUCUUCACUUCACCUUGGUGGUGUAAGAGAUGACUCAGAAGCAGCAGGAUUCCUGGAUACCAUUGAGAUGAACACACAAGGAUUUGGAGGCUGCAUGAGACAGUUGACCAUCGACAACACGGCAGUGAACCUAACCCAUGAUAUGACAGGCAUCCUUAAUGUUUACUUAGAUGGAUGCCCUCCUAUCACAAGCAGUAGCAUCCAAUGCUCUGAUCCCCAAUCAGUGUCUGUCUAUGAUGGGAGUACGAUGAACUUCACAGACAAUGGUCUCCAUGUAUUUACAGAGUAUUUGUACCAGGUAACAGCGACUAACAUAGCAGGAUCUACUGACGGUGCAUGGGCAGCUGGAAGAACUAGAGAGGGAGCUCCUAUUGGGCUGAGCCCACCCAUUGACCCGGUGUCGAUCACAGGAUAUGUUAUCCAGCUGCAAUGGCAGAGACCCUCGGGCAAUACAGGUCUACUGACACAGUACAUACUAUCAGCAUACAAUCUAGAUCUACCUGACAUAGCACCAGUCCAAGCUGUCUUCACAGAUACUACGUUUUCUGAGAACAUAGGUAACAUCACUGAUGUAAUCCCAUAUACUAACUAUGAUGUGAGUGUGACUGCAUGCACAGCUGGUGGAUGCUCAGAGAGUUCUGCAGUCAGUGUGAGAACCAGAGAGGAAGCUCCCUCUGGUGUCCAAUCACCUGAGGCCUUGUCCAAGACGGCUCGUACCAUCACGGCAGGAUGGGCGUUACCAGACAGACCUAAUGGUAUCAUUACAUCCUAUCAGCUACAACUCAAUAGUGUUACAGUCUACACUGGUACAGCACGUAACUACACACUCUCAGGAUUGAGUGUCUUCAAUCCUUACAGACUUGUUCUUAUAGCUUGUACCCAAAUAGGAUGCUCAUCCAGUGCAGAGGUUACCAUAACAACCUCUGAGCUUGCUCCCUCCUCCGUGGACCCACCUACUCUCUUCCCGAGGAGUCCCAGGUCCAUUGAGGCUCGAUGGACAGCGCCCUCUCAGCCCAACGGUAUCCUGCAACGCUAUGUUCUCUAUUCUUCUACUGUGAAUGGUGUGGUUGGGGAUGCAGUCUACAAUACAUCUGAUCUAUUCACUGACUUCAUCAUCAAUGAUCUUUCACCAGGAACUGUCUAUUAUUUAUCAGUCGCUGCAUGUACUGGUGGUGGAUGUACGAUCAGCGCACAGAGUAGUGUUAGGACGGAGGAGAGUAUUCCAGAGGGAGUGCCAGCGCCAAUUAUAACAGCCGCUAGCCCAUUGGAGUUAGUGGUAACAUGGACUCAUCCAACACAGCCUAAUGGUGUAAUCAUCAGCUAUGCAUUGGUACAGAAUGGUAUUGUGAUUCAGAACUCCACCUCUAUGUCUUACACUGCAUCCAACCUGUCUCCCUGGAGUCUGCAUGUCUUCAGGGUAGAGGCAUGUACCUCUAAGGGGUGUACCUUUGGUCCUGAGGGUUCUGGACGCACCCUUGAGGCUCCGCCACAGGGUAGCAUUGACCUGGCAGUGUUUACAAUGGGUUCUAGGAGUGUGAAAGCUACAUGGACCUCACCAGCUCAACCUAAUGGUAUGCUAGUCUAUGAGGUCCUCUUCACUGGAAUCUUCUAUGUGGCACCAGAAGCCAGCAAUUAUGCCCUAGUAACAGAGACAAGAGCCCUCUAUAAUGGGACCAUUGCCAAUGAGAUCGUUGACAUCACUGGUCUGAUCCCAUACUCAGCAUACACCAUCCAGGUUAGAGCGUACAACACAGAGGGCAGCAUACUUAGCAAUCAAAGGACUGUUACUAUGCCUACUGGAAAUCCUGAUGGUGUAUUGCCUCCUACAUUGACUUCUACUGGUCCUACGUCCAUCCAAGCUACAUGGACAGAGCCCGCUAGAAACAAUGCCCCUGGAGAUCCAUCAUUCCAACUUAGAUAUAGACCUGCCAAUCAACCGGGAAACCAGAUUGAUGUGUUUAGCAACUCAGUACGAGUGACAAGUUAUACCCUGACUGGUCUGCAAGCAUUCAAUGAGUAUGAGUUCAGAGUGAUUGCUAUUAACAAUGCUGGUCAAACACUCAGUGAAUGGGCUUCAGUAUUCACCAGGGAAGACGUACCUGGAUCCAUAGACCCACCUAUGGCAACUGAUGUGAGGCCUUAUUCAACCAUUGUUACAUGGGAGUUUCCUGAUACACCUAAUGGCAUUAUCACAUCUAUCAAACUCUAUCAGAAUAAUGUGCUGAAAACCACACUUGCUGGUAAUGCUACACAGCUGCUCAUAGAUGACCUGACACCAUUCAGUGACUAUAUGUUCAGUGUGGAGAUGUGUAACACUGUUGGAUGUACUAGAAGCCCUGACUCUAUCACAUACACUACUCCACAAGCUGCACCCAGUGGUCAAUCACCCCCAGUGCUCUCUUCCCCUACUCCCACCUCAGUCCAGCUCUCAUGGUCACCCCCAUCCAUGCCCAACGGUGUCCUGACAGGGUACGAGAUUGAGCGACGCCACCAGGGUUUCACUGCUAUCUUCUCUGUGGUCUCUGUAGCUGCUGGCGCUCCUAGAGCAUACUUGGACCUGUCUGCAGCUAUCACACCAUACACAGCGUAUGAAUACAGGGUCAAGGUGACCAAUGCUGCGAGCAGUUCCACUAGUCAGUGGGCUAGUAUCAUCACAAAGGAAGCUCCUCCUGGUGGUGUACGUGAACCGUCUGUGACUGUCCUUGGUCCUGACUCUGUGAUGGUCUCAUGGGAAGAACCAGCUCUGAGUAAUGGAGAGAUCUUAAGCUAUACCAUCAGAAUGCCUGAUCCUAGAAUCUACUUAGACCAAACCAACCUCACCUCCUACAUCGUCUACAACCUGGUACCUUACACUGACUACUCAGUGACCAUUGAGGCUUGUACUGCCGGUGGCUGCACACAAAGUAACCCCACCCUAGUGACAACCGACCCCACCCUACCGUUUGGACAGUCCCCUCCCCGAGGUGAUGCUAUCACCCAGACGUACAUUUCUGUCAUCUGGUCUCCUCCUGUUAGACCAAACGGUCCUAACAUUCGUUAUGAGCUUCACAGACAGAAACUCAGAGAACCUCUUAGUACAGGUCCAGUUCAGGGACUCAACUUCUGGCAGUUCAUCUACAAUGGAGAGGAUACAACAUUCCAGGACUUUGGUUUGUCUACAUUCACCACAUAUAUCUACCGAAUCACAGUCUACAAUGACAUAGGGUCAGCAACCUCUGACCCUUCUGAUGAGGUCACGACCCUGGCUGGUCAACCCACUGUAGCUGGAACAAUCAGCGCUGUGGCUAUGGAUCAUAUCUCAGUCUUGCUUAACUGGACAACUCCUUUGACCUAUGACCCCGGCGUGUCCAGUGAUCUCUUGACCUCUCUGAUGCCAAACACGGAGUAUGAGUUCCGACAGGUCAUCUAUAACGGAGCGUUCAACAUCACCAGUCUUCCUGCUGUUACCCUAACACUAGAUGGAGCUCCGGAAGGUUUCGCUGCUCCUUUGAUCAGUGUACUAAGUCCAUCAGCAGUCAAUGUAAUGUGGCUGCCUCCGACUCAGCCAAAUGGUGACAUCACACAGUAUGUGAUCUACCUGGAUGGUGAGCGUCAUGGAAGCGUUGAGAGCAACCAGCUACUCUACAUCAUGGCUGGUCUACAGCCUUAUACUAUCUACUCCAUACAGGUUGAGGUAUGCACAGAAUAUGAUUGUCUGUUGAGUAAUGCUACCGUGGUAACGACCCUUGAGAUCCCUCCAUCAGGGGUCACUGCUCCUAACCUCCUUGUUCUAGGUCCUAGAGCUCUGGAGGUAUCUUGGGCCUCCCCCGCUUCACCAAAUGGAAUCAUCUUAGGAUAUGAGAUACAACGAAGGGAGUAUCAGCCAUGCUCAGACAGACCUAGCACUCCUUCAGAUGGCAGUGAGUCAAGCUGUGGCUAUGUGGAAUGUCUACGUUCAGAGAGCGUCUGUGGUAACCAGUGCUAUUCUGGUUUACAGGCAUGUUGUGAUGGCAUACUGCAUGAGCCUCAGUCAGGUUACCAGUGCUGUGACACCAACUACCUACCAGCACCGGUCAAUGCCUCCACACCGUACGUCUGCUGUGGUGGUCAAUUCCACACCGAGCAGAUUGACCAUGAGUGUUGUAAUGGUCAGUAUGUCCAGGUGUUCCCUGGUCAGAUCUGUUGUCCAGAUCCUGAUGAGAAUAGAGUAGCAGUAGGAUCAGGGGAUGCAUGCUGUGCUGGUGUGCCUUAUGAUUCAAGUGGACCACAGAUCUGUUGUGCAGGAGAGUUUUAUGACAGGAGCCAAGGUCUUUGCUGCAGUAAUAUGUUUCAUCCGUAUGAGGGUCAGUUUGCUGAUGGUAUGAGUGGUCAGUGUUGCGGUGGAGUCAUGGUGGCUGCCUCCCAGACAUGCUGCUCCGAGGGGGACAUGGGCGUAGCUUAUCUACCGGUAGAAGGCAAUGUUUGCUGCGGCACGGAGUAUGUCAAUAUGGUAACAUCAUUGUGUUGCACCAGUGAGAAUGGUAUAGCUGAGACCUAUACCUAUGACACACCUGAUGCUAAACAGCAAUCCAACGACCAAUGCUGUGGGUCUCAGAGGAUCUCUCCAUCGCAGGCGUGUUGCAAUGAGGUCGGUUAUAACCCUGGCUCAAGGGUGUGCGCUGAUCGGAGCUCUACGGCUCAGGGGCAUUGUGGGAUAGGGACGGUGUGUCCAAUCAGUCAGGCCGUGUCUUCGUACUGUGACAGAUGUGACUUUGAUGCUAAUAUUGAUACAUGCUACUCAGUAGAUGCCUCCUACAUCACUUCAUCACCUAGUGGUCCUGGUACUCCUAGUGGGUCUAAUGGUCUUUGUCCUUCUGCUCUCAUCUCCAUCUAUACCUCAGGACCAAACAUCUACUCUUAUCUUGAUCCAGGUCUAUCCCCGUACACAAGGUAUGAGUACCUGAUCUCUGCUAUCAAUGCAGCAGGAAGCUCUAAUAGUGGUCUAUCUAAUGCUACCACUGAUGAGGACAUUCCUGCACAGGUGCAGGCCCCAGAAUGGUCUGUAGAGAUGGGUGUCCUGGAUACUAUCCAACUAGCAUGGGAUCCACCUCAACAACCCAAUGGUAUCAUUGUUACCUACAUUUUGAGAAGAGAUGGAAUUGAGAUUUACCGUGGAGCUGAUACAUCACACAGCGAUAACACAGGCAUCCAACCUUACCAGCAUUACUCUUACAUCUUAAGUGCAUGUACUAGAGUGGGAUGUGCUGCUAGCCAACCAGUGGUAGCAGCUACCCUUCAGGCAGCCCCUGAGAACCUGUUUGACCCCGCCCUAGCAGCACUCACUUCUGAGAGCAUCCUAAUCACAUGGCAGGAACCUGGUCUUCCUAAUGGAGUCAUCCAAGAGUACAGCAUCCUCCAAACGGGCGUGGCCGAAUCCAUCUACAGAGGUGGACCAGAAGGUUUCCAGUUUACUCACACAGACCUGGAGCCUUUUACUGUGUAUGAGUAUAGACUACAAGCGUGUACGUCAGCAGGAUGUUCACAGAGUAAUCCUGUAUCAAUAAUAACCAUGCAAGCUGCACCUGAAGGUCUUAUGCAACCAACUCAUGUUGUAGUCAGUUCCACAAUCCUGGAGUUGUAUUGGUUUGAGCCUUCUCAACCUAAUGGUGUCAUCACUUCUUACAUGCUCUAUCGCGAUGAUGAACUUGUCUACAGUGGCAACAAUUCUGUGUUGACCUAUGUUGACACUGGCUUAACACCCAACACCAGGUAUGAGUAUCUGGUGUCAGCUAUGACAGUUGCAGGAGGAUCAAACAGCACCGUCCACGUUGCACAGACACCAUUUAUUACACCAGAGGGCAUACCACCACCAACUCUAAGAGUACUAUCUGCUAGUUCAAUCGAAGCAACAUGGACCCAGCCAACUGUUCCUAAUGGUAUCAUCAGACAGUAUAAUAUCGUUAUCCUGAGUGGGACUCAGGAUGAAAGGAGAUUGGUGGCCACCUCUGUAACAAUGCUUGUAGUUGACAACUUGACACCCUACACCCGGUAUGAUAUGAGAGUUCAGGCUUGCGGUGAUAGUGGAUGUGGAGUCGGACCAAGAGCUUAUGCAAGAACAUUUGAAGCAGCACCAGAGGAACAGGGUCCUCCAACGUUGGUAUCUACAGGACCAAGUGUAGUAGAGGUCUCCUGGGAUCCCCCUGCCAGACCAAAUGGUAUCAUCCAGCAGUACUACGUAUACCGCAGGCAGUAUGGAACAACGCAGGAACUUCUUGUGUUUCUAACUACAACAGAGCAAAGUUUUGUGAAUGCAGGAGGGGGACUGACUGCAUUCAACCUCUAUGAAUACAGAGUGAGAGUAGAAAACUCACAAGGAUCAACAGACAGUCCAUGGGCAUCCAUACGAACUCAAGAAUCUGUUCCUGUAGGUCUUGCUGCACCCAAUCUUGUAGCUGUCAGUCCAUAUGCGGUGCAAGGCACGUGGACACCGCCCUCUUCUCCAAAUGGGAUCAUUGCCUACUACCGCAUUGAGUAUCAAGAACGACCAAAUGACCCAACAGCCACACCUGAUAUUGUAACAGCAGCUACAGUGGAAGGCACUGUCCUGCAGACCACAUUUUAUGGCCUAUUGCCCUUCACAUCCUACCAGGUUCGCAUUGUUGCUAUCAAUGGAGCAGGGGAGACGAGUGGUCCUUGGGGAUCUGUAACAAGUCUUCAGGGUGUCCCAGGAGACAUUGGACAGCUCACAGUAGAGCAACAGUCAAAUGGUUUAGCUCUGUUAUUGAGAUGGGAUGAGCCUGGACAACCUAAUGGUGUCAUAACUAAUUACUUCAUAUACGAGGAUGAGUAUCUCAUUGCACCGAUUUAUACUGGUCUCACAAGAGAGUUUCUCUUCAGGAGGUUGACUCCUUACACUGAGUAUGUGGUUGUUCUAGAAGCAUGCACUAAUGUUGGUUGUGGAAGGGGUAAUCCACAGACUGUCAGGACCGCUGAGGUAGCCCCUGCCAAUCAAGCUCCACCUACCCUUGGCUUUGUGAACUCUACAGCAGUGGUCUUAAACUGGAAGGCACCUGUUAAUCCUAAUGGCGCUAUCACUCAAUAUGAUGUUAUUAGACGAUCAGCAAGACCUGCUUCACCAGACAGGAAAAGGAGAAACACAGAUGAAAGUGCCUUCACAGUUACAGUAGUUAUUCAUUCUGAGUACAACACAGAUGCAGAAGACUAUAGCUUUAUUGAUAACUCUUUACAGCCGUAUCGAAUCUAUGAGUUUCGCAUUCAAUCCAUCAAUUCUCAGGGAUCAGUAGACAGUGACUGGGUUCAGGUAGAUACUGAUCAGGCUGCUCCCGUUGGUGUUGCCCCUCCCACUGUCAAUCACAUCACUAACACUCCAGGAUCGCUUGUUAUUGGAUGGACUCCUCCCACAGAAAGUAAUGGCAUCAUCACUGGCUAUAGACUACAGAGAAAUAAUAGCACUCCAUUCAGUUUUGAGGCAGACUACGGAUUCCAGUUUACAGACAUGAAUCUUCAGGCUUUCACUGUGUAUGUCUACACAAUCACAGUAUGCACCCAGGGUGGCUGCACCAUGAGUUCAGCUACCUCUAUCAGAACCUUAGAGACAGCUCCCACAUUUGUUGAUCCGCCAAGUCCAGUCCCCAUCAGCUCUAGUCAGAUCAUGGUCAACUGGACAACACCUUCUAUUGCAAGUGGUGAGAUCAUGCAGUACCGCCUAAAGGUUGAUGAUGAGGUGCGAUACAGUGGAUUAGGUCUUUCUACUACCAUCAGUGGUUUGAUCUCACACCAGGAGUACACCUUUGUCCUAGAGGCUUGUACCUCUGGUGGCUGUACUGACAGUCCAGAAGCUUUGGCCCGUCCAUUUGAAGCACCCCCUACAGGAAUGAAUCCACCAUCCUUGAGAGUUCUAAGUGCAACAGCACUUGAAGCCAGCUGGUCAGAACCCAAUGAACCCAAUGGUAUCAUAUCACGUUAUGAGUUACGCCGAGAUGGCAAACUAGUAUACGAUGGUGAUGCCCAAAGGUACCAGGACUUUGGAGAUGGAGGACUGGGACUAACUCCAGGUCAGCAGUACUCGUAUGUUAUAACAGCCUUCAAUAGCAGGGGACAUGCUAUUAGUGAUGCAGCAGUUAUUACCACUUCUUCAUCCUCACCAGCUGGUCUGAGUCCACCAAUUGUCUCUCCACUUUCUUCGCAAAUCAUCGGUGCUACCUGGCAGCCUCCAGCAUUCCCCAAUGGUGAGAUCCAAAACUACACCCUCUACGUUGACAACAAUAUUGUCUACUCUGGAAGACUCUUUAGCUUUGACAUCCGCAACCUAGACUUCUACGCCUUGUACGAGAUCCGUGUAGGAGCAUGCACCACUUCAGGUUGUGCUCUGAGUGACAGUGUGGAAGCAAGAACCUUUGAGCAUACUCCCAGUGAUCAAGUAGCUCCAUCUCUAGAACCCUUGGCUGACAACCUUGGAAUAGCAAGUGGAAUCCGGGCAGUGUGGAAUGCACCAAGCAACGAUAAUGGCAUCAUCCUGGGCUACGAGCUCUACCGUAGGAGUGUUGAUCGUACGACAGGCAGGAGGUCUGACCCAACCUUGUUGGUCAACACCACCCUGAGGGAGUAUGUAGAUAUGGAUUCUGCUCUGAUCCCUGAUGAGACCUAUGAGUACUUGGUGGUGUCCUUUAACUCUGUAGGAGAAGCGUCUAGUCCCUGGGCCUCAGUCAGGAUGCUGGAAGCACCACCACAGGGUCUCUUGCCACCUGUGGUGUCUGAAUUAGAAGCUACAAGUCUCACCCUGACGAUUCAAGAACCUAGUCAGCCAAAUGGAGCCAUCCAGAGAUAUGUCAUCUACAGGAACAGCACUGUGCUAAGCCAGACAACACUGACCAGCUAUAGAGAUUCUGAUCUCCUUCCAUUCACCACUUACUCCUACUCUGUGGAGGCUUGUACAUCAGGAGGAUGCACAAUCAGUCAUGCCGUUACCGUGACAACGAUUCAGAUGGCACCAAGUGGGCUGAGUGCUCCGGUCGUGAUGCAGGCUGACUCUACAUGGAUCCAAUUGACUUGGGACUAUCCAACAAACACAAAUGGAAUCAUCACCAAGUUUGAACUCUUAUUUGGACCAGGUUGUCCACUUACGACCCAGCCUUUUGAGCAGACCUGCCCCGUAGAGGACUACAUUCCUAUCAACAAGGACCUGGCACUCACACACAAUGUCACUGGUCUAAAACCCUACGCACGAUAUGACUUUGUAGUGGCAGCUUAUAAUGAUGCUGGCCAGGUGGAGUCUUCCCCUGUCCAAGAAAAUACCCUUCCAGCAUUGCCUUUCUUUGUGAGUGGCACCAAACCUUCCAUCAACAGUAACACCAAUAACAGCCUAAUCACAGUCAGCUGGGCUCAGAGCUUUGUACUUAAUAGUAUGCUCAGAGAGUACAUCCUCGUUGAGAAUGGUGAUACCGUCUACAGUGGUAUCGCCACUGCAGUCACAAGGCCUCUCAAGGAUAUGGAAUAUGAAUUCACAGUGACUUGUGUGACAUCAACAGGCAGCAUCUCCUAUCCUACAAUCAUCUACCAGCCUCCAUCCACUGGAGGAACCCUACCUGAAGCACAGACACAAUGGUAUUCGUCUGUAUGGUUUAUUGCGAUCAUGGUCUUACUGGGUGUAGUAAUCAUCUUCAUCCUCAUUGCCGUUGUCCUGAGUCGUACUGGAACACGUAAGCCUUACGCUAGAGAGAGGACUCCUCUUCCACCAAGACAGAGGAAAGCUCAUAACUUCACAUUCUCUUCCAUGCUUCCGAGAUACCCAGAGUCAGAGAGUAUACUGGAUCCAAUCCCACAGGCCAUCAGCAGGCAAUCUAGUAUGCACAGCUUACACAAUACAUAUUACAACCCAUCAUUCCCUGCUCCCUCACCGCCCCGCCCUACCAGCAGGACAUCCGAGGUCAUGGAUAAGAACUCUCUCAAGUAUUUAGAUGAAGAUGAUGGUGUAGCCGCCUGGGAUAAUACCGCACCUCUCCCUCUAAAGAUGGAUUCUGGUAUGGUCAGUCUGUAUGAAGAUGAUGCCAUGACUCACAUUAGCCAGCCCUACAGCUAUACUAAAGAGCAGACCAUGUUUACUGACACUCAUUUAUGAUCUUCAGCUAGGCAGAAAACAUGUAUUCAUCUACAAGUAAACUGAGUAUCAAGAUGUGUUCAUAAUUGUGUGUGCUCAUGCUAGUGAGAUGUAAUAUUGAAUCAAUAACUACUGCAACAUUGUACUGAAGAUCGAUUAAAUCAAUCUGUAGAAAGUUAUGGAAAUGUAAUUGUGCAUCUCAUGAAUUAAAUUGUCUUGUAUGGGCAGAUGUAGGAGUAAAGAUCUGAAAUACAGAAUAAAAGCUAAGGCAUCAUUAAUUUGAUUGUCUGUGUAAAGUAAAGUAAAGAUAGCUUCACUAUGUACUUUAUGUUAGAAGUAGAAUAAUGCAAUAUUAUCUUUAUUGAUUAUUUUUUCUCCAAUUAAUGUGUGUUAUCAAGUGUUGUGUACGUGCUGCCUAGCUCACCUUGUGUGUAUGUUUUCUUUGUUAGUUGAAAGCAAUGACUGAAUUAUACUCUCAUUUAUUCAUAUUUCAAUUUGUACUGCAUCGCUCGUUUCAGACAAAUUAAAGGCAUGCAUACAUUACAAAAAUUCCUGAUAUAUUCAUUUUAUGUUCCUUUAUUCUGUAUACAUGUUUUAAUUUGUAAAAAGACUGGAACUCAGUCAUCGUUUAUUUUUUCCUUUUAAGAUAUUGUUUCAUAUGUGUUAGUGCACUAUUCAAAUCGUUAGGUAUUGUUGGAUAAAUAUUUCAAGAUAUGGGAGGUAACAUUGUGAAUGCUGUAAAGGACCCUUUUAUAGUGAGAAUUUGUCAUUAGUACAUUGUAAGUAAAUUGAAUUUCAUGCAAUCACAGUAUAAGCGUUUUUUUUUACAUUCAACUGAAUUUUUUAUAUAGGUAAAACAGUAAUAUUCACUGGUAUUUUUGUUCUUCAAGGCUGCAGAUUUUUUAUACAAGUGUUCCCUUUUUCUAUAGAUUUUUAUGAAACAAACUGUAAUAGAUUGAAAGGUUGGAUCCAAGUGACAGCAGAAUUUAUAUUUAUAUUUUGAGCAGAUCAAUUUAACUAAAGUCACCUUGAUAUUGUAGGCAUUGUCCAUUUUGUACAGUAUAAAUAGCUGACUGAUAAUUACAAAUAUUUUAAUGGAUGCUUUUCUAUUUUAUAUCAACUCUUCAAGAAUAAUUAUGUUAAUUGUAAUGAUGGCUUAUAUAUACAUUUCAAAAUAAGAUAGGAUUGUUAAUGCUUUAUUUAUUGUGAACCUAAAAUCAUUGAUUAAAUGAGAUUUCUAAAUAUAAAUGUGCUGAUUUAGGAAUAAAUGUUGAUGUAUCUUAGGAGUUCCUACCUAUUAUCCUAAAUUGUGAUAGAUUAAUUGCUUCAAGUAGUCAUGAUUGUUGUGCCAUACAUCAAACAAACAUAAUUUGAAUUCAUAACAUAUUAUUGACAUUAUACUUUCUAUGAGAACCACUCGUGUUUAUAUGAGUUUUAGUCUAUGUCUUUUAAAAAAAAAUUUAAUCUCCUAUUUACAAAUGAUAGGAUAUAGACUAGUCGAGGCUGUAAAUGCUCUAUUAAACCAAGAGAAUUGAAACAUGCUUUCAAAGUUCUUCCUAUAUUCCUUAUUACAGGGUUUGUUUAUAUUCCAUAGACUGUCAGGUUUCUUCCAUGACUUUUUAAAAUUAUAGCUCAUUAUUGUGUCAUUGAAAUGUUUAUCAUAUGAAUUAUAAUGAGGUAAUUUGGCUGCAUGAAAACAAAUUAGAAUAUUUUCAUUUUUUGUACUUCAUCGAUCCAUUCCAAACAGUAAUUGAUACUUGGUAAUCCCAUUUUUACUUUAGAGUGAGUUAAAUAGUAGAGUUAAUUGCUGCCUUUGAAUAGAUAACAAAUCCAAUUCAGUAAAAGGUUAAUUGUUUGUACAUGAAAGCUUUGAUUUAAGAAAGUUUCAUACACUGUCCAAUUACUAGAGAAUUGUUUAUGUAAAGACUCUCCAUGCAAUAUUGACUAUAAUAUUUGGUAUUUGGCUGAAACAAUUACAAAAUUGCAUUGUCUACAUCUUUUUUAUACAAUUGUAAAUUAUAACUUCAUCACCUUGUAAAGACUGAAUGUCUACAAUACCUUGACUAUGAAUUGUUGUGUCUUUCACUUUAGUGACGAUUGUACUUUGUAUAUCUAUAUUUCUAAAAUUAAGAAAGGAUGAUUUGUAUUUUGCUGUGAAACAAUAAUAAAAUGCAUUUUUAUUAUGAAG